CUGACUUUUGUUGACGUGACGCUCUAUUUCGUCAUUGAGACGCGACGGAGUUUCUUCACGUGAAAGUGCGAAACAAAGUCGAAGGUUUCAGAAGUGAUCAGAGUGCAGAGAGAUGACAGAAGAGGAGAAGGAGAGGAAGACUAAAGCUCAGAGAGCGGAUAAGGAAGAGGAGGAGGGUUCAGCUGCAGUCAGACAAGAGGAUGAUGGUGAUAAAGGCCAGAAAUACAAAAAUGGAGGUGAUGAUGAAGAUGGUGAUGAAGACACUGCUGGGAUGAAGAAGAAGACCAAACAAAAAGUUGUUGGAGUGAGUUCCUGUCCAGAGAGGAAGUGUGUUCCAGGUAUCCUCUACCUGGGUCAUAUUCCUCCAAGGCUCCGCCCCAAACACUUGAGGAACCUGCUGUCAGUGUACGGAGAGAUUGGACGCAUAUUUUUACAACCUGAAGAUGGUCAAGUGAGGAGAAGGAAGAGGAAGACUGGUUUGAGGAGGUGUGAUUUUACUGAAGGAUGGGUGGAGUUCAGAGAUAAACGAGUGGCAAAGAAAGUGGCGGCUUCUUUGCACAACACACCGAUGGGAACCAGGAAACGCCAGCGAUUCUCCUCUGAUCUCUGGUGCAUCAAGUAUCUGCACAGGUUCCUGUGGACCCACCUGAGUGAGCGGCUGGCCUAUGAGCAGACAGUUCUGCAGCAGAGACUCAGGACUGAAGUUUCUCAGGCAAAGAGAGAGAGUAACUUUUAUCUGAACAAUGUAGACAAGAGCGCUCACCUGGAAAACCUGAGGCGGAAAAGAGAAAGAGCCGGACAACAGGUGAAUGAUAAGAUGUGGGACUUCACUCAGCAUCAGACAGAGGAGGAGAUCCAGAUGAAGAAGAAGAAGAAGCACCUGGACAAGGCCUGCCUCAUUCACCACAAGAGUCAAUCAAACGUCUCCCUGCUGGCCAAGAUUUUCAACUCCAACCAGUGAGAAUGAGGGCAGAGAAACAGCUGAGUGGCUGUUGGACAGGUCAGCUUCCACAGAAGCAGUAUGUGAAUUGUGAUGAACUGAUGCUGACACACCCACCAUCACCGACAAAUAUGGCCGUUGGCGCCUACAGAGCAGCUGCUGGUCAGAUUAAUUGAUUGACUGAGUGAUUCUUCUGAUUAGAGCAAAGUAUUGUUUGAAUUGUUGAGAAAAAAUUGUUUUUCUCCCACGUAUCAAACUCAUUAAUAUUUUCAGAAUUUUGUACCUAUCGCCUCAAUGUGCUUCUGAAGUCUUUUUUUCCUAUCUGUUUAAGUUAAUUAAUUCUGCUUAAUUCUGGCACAAAAGACUGGUUACGUUAAGCGCACAAGUCCUAACGAGCUUGUUAAUACUUCUGUUUCUGCCUGAAUGAGCGCCUUGGAACUGUGUGAUGUUUCAGGACGUGUUUUCAGUUUAAAUGUUGUCUUUUUGUGAAUGUUUGAAACAUGCUGUAAUAAAAAUCAUGUAACUGUUUUUUUUUACCUUUCCAACGCUCUUUUAAGUUAAAACGAAAAAGGUUUUAAUGACAUGAUUAGAUAAUGUUCACACUGUGCAGUGCUGUACACCACACUCUGGAGAGUGAGGGAGGAUCCCUGCUGCUCCCUCAAAUCAUCUGUUACGCGUAUGAUCCUGGCCUCCUUUGUUCUCAUCUCUCUUUCUGCUAAUACAAAUCCAUGCCUGCACAUUCUCAAAUGCUGAGUUGGAAACUGACUAGUACUAGAAAUGUGGUUUAUGCACUGUCAAAUGUUUUGGUGGGGAUGUAGCCUAUUUCCAUUGGCAACCUGAAAACAUAAUGCAUCCGGUCGCAGCUAUACCUGAUGCUGAGAAAACUUAGAAGAAAGCAUCUGGACGUAAUUUUAGGUAAAAGACGUUUUGCCUCUCAUUCAGGAGGCUUCACUGGUUCUGUCUGAUUGGUGGUGAGCAGGAAGUAUUUAUCCACCUGGGUGGUGUUUCAGUCCCUUGACGGCCAACAAUGUGCCCUAACAACUGAGUUGUUACAGUAAUUUAAAUAGACUGUAUUUAUUCAGCUGUAAGCUGAGGGGGACAAAAUGCUGCUGGCAGCAGGAGAUGAAAUCAAACAGAUCAAACACAAAUGUAUUUAGAUCUUUAUGUGUAGGAUCUAACCUCAUAGUGUGACCCAGCAUUAAUAGUUUAGGUGAUUUUCAGUUGGGGUAAGGUUAAAGAUCCACUUUGCCUUUGGACAAAAUAAAUAUUAGACUUACACUGAUGCCAAGCUUUGUCUUCUC